AUGAUUGGAGCAUUCAAAGGAUAUGAGUUAGUAUCUAUUUCCUUCGGCUAUGACUUGAUAUACGAGCCAAGCAAUAAUCCUGAGAAAUUGGUGCCUUAACUGAGAGCAGCAAGAGAUUUACGACUAAAGGCACAAAACUUUCUACAACUUUCUGAACCUGGAAUUUAUAUGUAUUAGGUACAUCUGCAUCCAACAGCUUAAGCAAAUUUGAACAUUGGUAUAGAUGCCAUAGAGAACACCCCAUAUCUAUAUCCUCUUUCCCAGUUUAAAAAUUUGCAUCCACUCUUGCAAAUUUGGAUUACUCUAAUUUAUCAGCGUAGCUGA